ACAUUAUUUUUAAAUUAUUUAUUAAAAUAUGUAGAUAGAAAAGUGUCAAAGAUUUUAUCAUAUGAAUAUAAGAUU